CUGCUGCUCCUCCCAGCAUCCCUGGCGCGGCCAUUUCAGCCCCAUCUUGGUCGAGUGGAGGGAGCUGCAGCCGCUGCUUCAGCAGUUUGAAUUUCUGUUUUUCUUUUUGGGUUUUUUUUUUUUGUGUGUGUGUGUGUGCGUGUGGUUUUUUUUUUUCCCGGAGUCUCCGAGCCGGCCGCGCCGAGGAGAAGCGGAAGGCGCCGCCACCGGUUCCCCUCACGCCGCCCAGCACCUCCGCUCGCUUGCCGUUCCUUCAGUCGCCGCCGCCGCCCCUCACGCGCCUCAGAGCCGCGAGGAGGCCGGGCCCGCCGCCGCCGCCGCCGCGGGUGGCUCCCUGAGGGAGGCCAGACUGCCGGCCUUCCCCGCCCCCGAGCGGGCUUCCGCCGCCACCGCCGGCAUGGCCCCCGGACUGCGCUCGGGCUAGAGCCCGGGGACGGAGGGCUGCCUCCCGCCGCGGACCUCCAGCCCCGUCGGUCGGGAAGCGUCGGUCCCCGGUCUCGGCGCUCCGCCUUCUUCGUCCGCGUCGCCGCGCGGGAGCAGCCGCGGGACCCGGCCAGGAGAGCCCGAGCGGGGCAGAACCGCCCCUCACGCCGCCGCCGCCUCCUGCGCCCUGCGCUCCACCCCCAGCCGGGCCUGCUGACCGCGCCGAGCGCCGGGCUGGACUGACCGCGGCGGCUGAGCUGUGGGAGCAGCCGGCCCGCCCCUGGACCACGCUCGGGAGGUCGCUGACGAGUUGAAUUGAGGCGUCCCUGCCGCGGGAGGUGAGAGAGGAAGGAGGAGGAUGUCGCGCCGAGACGCCGGCGCCCAGAGCAGCCCGUGACUUGGCGGCGUGGGCCGUAGACCCAGGCGCGAACUCGGACUUUGUCUUUGGGGGCCCGUGCUCGUCCCCUUCUCGGUUUCCGGCGGGGUCCCAGAGGAGCCUCUGCCCUCCAGACUCCUUCCACCAUGUCUAAGAUGCCGGCCAAGAAGAAGAGCUGCUUCCAGAUCACCAGUGUCACCACGGCCCAGGUGGCCACCAGCAUCACCGAGGACACCGAGAGCCUGGACGACCCGGACGAGUCGCGCACGGAGGACGUGUCCUCCGAGAUCUUCGACGUUUCCCGGGCCACGGAUUACGGCCCGGAGGAGGUGUGCGAGCGCAGCUCCUCGGAAGAGACGCUCAACAAUGUCGGGGAUGCGGAAACUCCCGGGACCGUGUCCCCGAACCUCAUCCUGGACGGGCAGCUGGCAGCCGCCACGGCUGCGCCCGCCAACGGUGGCGGUGGCGGCGGCGUGUCGGCCCGGAGCGUGGCGGGGGCACUCGCCCAGACCCUGGCGGCGGCCGCCGCUUCGGUGUCCACUCCUGGGCCGAGUAGUUCGACUCCAUCUCAGCCCCCUGCCACUUGUAGUUCGCGUUUCCGCGUGAUCAAGCUAGACCACGGGAGCGGGGAGCCGUACCGGCGCGGCCGAUGGACGUGUAUGGAAUACUACGAGCGGGAUUCAGACAGCAGCGUCCUCACCAGGUCCGGGGACUGCAUUAGACACAGCAACACUUUGGAGCAGACUGCGGAGCGGGACAGCGGCUUGGGCGCCACCGGAGGGUCGGUGGUGGUGGUGGUGGCCUCCAUGCAGGGGGCGCACGGGCUGGACUCGGGAACUGACAGCUCCUUGACUGCUGUGUCACAGCUACCCCCGUCGGAGAAAAUGAGCCAGCCCACUCUCGCCCAGCCGCAGGGUUUCAGCGUCGGGCAGCCGCAGCCUCCGCCGCCCGUAGGUGGGGCUGUGGCUCCAAGUUCGGCGUCGCUGCCGCCGUUCCCCGGAGCGGCGACCGGGCCGCAGCCAAUGACGGCAGCCGUUCAGCCAACCCAGCUCCAGGGAGCCGUGGCCGGCGGCCCCCUCCCCGGGCCCGUCGGUCAGGGGCUGCAGCCGUCUCAGCAGCCGAAUGUCAACCUGGCGCAGCCUGUGGCCCUGGCGGCUCAGCCCGGCCCUCCCGGCGGCUCCUCGUUGUCGCAGCAGUUCGCCUAUCCCCAGCCUCAGAUACCACCGGGGCAUUUGUUGCCGGUGCAGCCUUCGGGCCAGAGUGAGUACCUGCCGCCGCACGUGGCCCUGCAGCCGCCAAGCCCUGCGCAGCCCUUGUCUACCGGCGCUAGCGCCACCUCUGCUUCCGCGGCCAGCUUUCCUCUGGGGUCCGGCCAGAGCGUCUCCUCCUUGGGUGCCCAGAUGAUGGGCGCCUCCGCCCAGCCCAGUGAAGCUGUGGCCCCGGGUCCGGUUCCUGUAGGCCAGGCCGCUCCUUGUCAGCCGGCCGGAGUGGCCCCAGCUGCUCUAGGAGGCGUGGUGCAGCCAGGCUCCGGGCUUACUGGGGUUGGGCAGCCCCAGCCCGUGCAGCCUCCGCAGCAGAUGGGUGGCAGUGGUCAGCUGCCAGCCGUGCCUGGUGGUCCUCACACCGUGGUGCCCGGAGUUCCAAACGUGCCUGCAGCGGUACCCGUUCCAAGCGUGCCUAGUGUGCCCACCACUUCUGUUACUAUGCCAAAUGUACCCGCACCUCUGGGCCAGUCUCAGCAGCUGAGCAGCCAUACACCAGUCAGCAGGAGCAGCAGCGUCAUCCAGCAAGUUGGUCCACCCUUAGCUCAAGGCACACACAGUGCACCAACAAGUCUACCACAGUCUGACCUAAGCCAGUUUCAGACUCAAACCCAGCCUUUAGUCGGGCAAGUUGACGAUACUAGAAGAAAAUCAGAACCCCUACCUCAAGCACCACUUUCUCUCAUUGCUGAAAAUAAGCCUGUUGUGAAGCCUCCAGUUGCAGAUGCCCUGGCAAACCCUCUUCAGUUAACACCUAUGAACAGUCUGGCCACCUCUGUAUUCAGCAUAGCUAUUCCUGUUGAUGGUGAUGAAGACAGGAAUCCUUCAACUGCUUUCUACCAAGCGUUCCAUUUGAACACGUUUCAGGAAUCAAAGAGCCUCUGGGAUAGUGCAUCUGGGGGCGGUGUUGUAGCCAUUGACAACAAAAUAGAACAAGCAAUGGAUCUGGUGAAAAGCCAUUUGAUGUACGCAGUAAGAGAAGAAGUGGAAGUUCUAAAGGAGCAAAUAAAAGAAUUAGUGGAGAGAAACUCUUUACUUGAACGAGAAAAUGCACUGUUAAAAUCUCUUUCAAACAAUGAUCAGUUGUCCCAACUCCCAGCCCAACAGGCCAACCCUGGUAGCACUUCUCAACAACAAGCAAUGGUAGCACAGCCUCCUCAGCCAGCGCAACCUCCACAGCAGCCGAAUGUCUCCUCAGCAUAAAGCUUUCUUAAGCCUCGCUAAGGAAAAACUGAAAGCAAUCUUUCCUUGUGUGCCACUGGUGUUCUUUCCACUUUAUAGAAAGCAAGUAGCCAUGCUUCGGCUGUGUGCUUGGCCUUUUCAGUAUUAGACAAUCGUUCUACAGGAGCUUUCCCUCUAAGAUGUCAUGCAGCACUGUUGAUGUCCACUUGUGUGUCAUCAGUACACGAGGAGAAUACUAGAUGGGGUUUAGUAAAGCAAGGAGAGUCUGCAUACAUGUGCGCAUGAGUGGGAUCUUAAAAAGUUUUGGUGGCUCUCCCAUGUUUCUUACCACCCAUGGAUGUACCUUGAGCCUUCUUGUCACAUUAUAAAUAACAGUUCAUCUAAAGAGCCACUUUUCUUUCAAUAUCAGUAACAUUUGCCUACAUAAGUUCAUUUAUUUUGUGUUUUAUUUAUUACAGGGCUGCUAUUUUCAUAUUGUACAUGAACAAUGUCACAGAACUUUUUUAAUUUUCUUGAAUAAUUAUAAGUAUCAGUAAAGGAAUUGAACGACAGGAUUACAUUUAAAUAAAAACGUUUAGGCAAUAAUUGAACAAAAGAAUCCUGGCAUAUUUCUAACACUAAUGGCAAUUUACCGUUGGUAUUUAUUUUCAAUAGUAAAGAUCCAGCUUGAAUGUAAAUUUUGUAUAGUUGUAAGUAUGAAAAACACAGUGCACCUGUACAGGUAGUCACCAGUUAUUGUGAUAUAAUAAAUAAUUGGGCUAUUUUUCAUGAAGAAAACUUUGUUCAUUUGUUUCUACUUUCUAAUAGAAAUGCCACGAUUCCUCUGCUUUUCAACAUUUCGUAUGACUUUUUUUUUUUUUUUUUUUNGGGUGGGAAUAAAAAAAAAGCUGUGAAAUUGUUCAACCUACUUUGUAACCAAAGAAGCAAAGCUGUGUAAUGGAGUUUUGUUUUGUUUUAUAAUGCACAUUCUUUAUGUAUUUUUAUUUAGUGUUUUCUUGGUCACAAUUUUCUUUGCUGUCUAGCAUGAUCUGCAUGGCCUGUAAUCUUUGAACCACUUUCGUACCUCAUGUUUUUAUCCAGCACUCUUAUUGUACUGUGUACUAGUCUGUGAACAAUGUCAAAUAAAAAAGAACGAACAGGUCGUAUGGUGGAGCUGAGCUAGUGUACAAUGCACCAGUUGUACAGAAACAAAAAUGAAGUGAGCCAUCUUUUGUUCAUUUAAAAUGGUGUUUUGAAUUUCAUAUGCAGAAAACAUUUUGUUACAUUGCAGAUUUUAAUGUAUUUAAUAAAUGCAACAUGCAGAUUAAGUGCAGUGUAUACUGAGUAUUUAAAUUAAAAUGUACAUUUCAUAAAUACAGUUUCAAGAGAAAGCAUCAUUUUGUGUAUACUAACACAUUAAGUGUAUGUCAGAAAUUGAUGUAAAAAUAUAUAUUUUAACACAUUUUCUGAAAUUAAACUACAGUUUUGUUCAAAUAUUUGGCUCUAUAUGUGUUCAGAAUUUGACUAGAUUUGUAUUUUCACAGUUCAAAAUAUUCCUUAAGUGAACACCCAUGAUGUUAAUGACAAUGAUAGUUCUUAAAUUUUCAAAGUAAAAUAGUUUAAAGAACACAAGAAUGGUGAGCAAUAUUUGUACUCAAUAUUCAUAUUAUGUUAACAAUAUAAAUAGGAAAUCCUCGUCUACCAAAACUUUUACUUGAAUUCAGAAAGGUGCCUGUAGAAAUGAACAUGUCCUGUAUGGGUAGCACACUAGCUAAUUAAGUCUUAACGAGAAACAGUAGUUAGCUUUCCAUGUUAGAAGAGGUUAAAUGUUCUUUAUCUAUUUGAAACGUUCUAGCUUCAAACAGAAGGCAUAAAAUUGAAACAUACAUGAGAUUACCAAAUAUUUUAUAUUCUAGUUGUGUUACAAGAAACAAUGUUCAGUAAACAAAAUUUACAUGUUAAUUAGUAAUAUUAGAAAUCCUUAAAAAGAACUAGGUAAGUAUGUAGACUUGAAUAUGUGAUAGCCCUAAGGAUUCAGAGUGAGAUUCUAGUAGAGCCACUGUGGGCAAGAUAGGAUGUGGAACUGCUGUUGGAAUGUAAACCUAAAGAUUUCUCUCCAUGCCCUUCAUUGCUAAUAGUGUGGUACUUCAUACAGUGUUAGAAAAGGGUUUCAGGAGGAGACAGUUAAAUGGCAGAUGUCUGCCCAAGAAUGCACAAGAUUUUGUUUGAUGCCUGGCACAUAAAAAUAGAAAAAGUAAUUUUUGUGAAAACAAGAGGGGUAUAAAAACAAAAUAUAAUAGUAUAAUAGUAUCCACCAAGGAAAUCAUUAAUAUUCUAAGGUUAAAAAUGGUGACAGCAAUUGGUACUACUCAGACCUUCUUAAAAGGAGCAAAACUCCUAGUAAAUGGUUAAUAAAGAUUCUUAAAGAAUUGACUUCUGAUAAACUAAGAAAUGCAAACCACUUUAAUCAGUUAUAUCUUUUAAAUAGUAGGAAUUACUGUAGUAUGGUGGGCUUUUCUCCAGAAUGAAAUUUGGCAGUGUAUAUUAAGAGCUUUAAAUAUUAAUAAAGCAGCUCAGUGAUGUGAUACGUAAGGAACAGUGUUCAAAAAAGAAAUGCAAUCGUGUGCCUAUCCUAUAUAUUCAUUCCUUCCUAGGAUACAAAAGUUUAUUGAUUGCCUACCUUGUCCCCUACCUAAAGUUGUGUAAUGAAGUUUACAUCUAAAUCUGUUUCCCAUUUCCAUGAGGCACACUGAACUCCAGAGUCGGGAACAAAGGUGAGCUAGGUAUUGUGCUUUUAUUUGAACAUAUUUGAAUAAUUUAUUCCUAGAAAUACCAGUAGGUUUGUUAAGGAUCUUCAUUUAGAUUAGGUUUUUGUUGGGGUUAAAGUCUUACAAAUACCUAGACUGUCAACUAGUUGAAAUUCCAAUUUGUGAGGUAAGUCUUAGGAGAAUGGUCAUCUACCUUUAACUUUCUGUCUCAGCCUAUAGGCCAGGUGCUAAUACAUAAGCUUUCUGUUGGUUUAAGUUUCUAAUAUAGUACUGCAUGUACAGUUGAAAACUAACUUUGCCCAAAGGAAAUUAUUUUUAAGUAGUCCUAAUGUAAUCUUAAGAUCUAUCCAACAAAACAAAAAAGCAUAGGGAGUUGGAGAACUAAGCAUUUUGCUAUUUUAACUGUUAGAUGAAGCUAUUAAGCCUUGAUAACAUGUCCUUUAUGAUGGAUGUGUUUCAUUUCUCUUCAGUGAUUCUGUUGAAAGGUGAAAGACCAGUCCCCAGGAUUCACAAUUGAAUUGAGGCUACACAAGCCAACCAAUGACAAGAAAUGCAGUAAAGGGUGUCUUUCUCAGGGGGUUCCUGAAAUGGUGACAUCUAAGUCUAGAAGGUCACAAGAGGAAAGGUGUGUUCCAAACACAAAGAAAAGCCUACUCAAAGCUCUGAAAGCGUAAACAGGGCUCCUAAGGAGCACAGAAUUUUGUGGGAGGGAAACUAGAAAUCACUGCCCCAUCAGUGUUAGUAGUUUGGCAUUAUUAACAAGAAUGAUUCAUUGGAUGACAGCUAGUGGGAGAAUCUCAGUUCAGUUCAUUGGUAGAGUGUUGGGUAGAAACUGGAGACAGUUUAGAAAAAUCCAGAAAAGUGGUGGGACAGCAUUUCUAUGGGGCAAAUUGAAGUUUAUUGAAUAUACUUUUUUUUUUUUUUUUUUUUUUGAGAAAAAAAAGCACCUCAGCCAAUAUUUGUAACUUUAGUAAGUCUCAUACCAGGAGCCAUACAUCUCUAGAAAAUUAAGGUCUUUGCAUCCUGUUCAAGGAAUUGCAAGAAUCUGACCAAAGAGUAGGGCAAACAGGAAUUUGGUUACUCUAGGCCUCUGUAUACUCCAGCUGAGUGGUAAACAAUUGAAUCUUCCUCCAGUGACUGGCCACCAUAAUUCCAAAACCUUUCCAGUCUCUUGCUUCCUGAAGAGAGAGUAUGGAUUCUGACUCCAGUUUGCAAAUACAUCUUAAGAAUAGGUUUUCCUUUAACUUUGCCUUUCAUUUUCUAACAGGUUAGUCAGCCUUAGCCUUCUCUUCAUUACUCUGCUAAUACAGUAACAGACCUCUCCUGCCCCCUGGUACUGACUCUAGACCAUGCUGCUCUCAAACUUAGAGACUGAGUGCUAGGAUUAAAGGUGUGCACCCCCACACCCAGCCACAGCUUUUCUUUAAUUCCUUUUCAAAUUUGGAAGUUUAUCUGGAUGGGUGCCAUUCAAUUUCUGCCUCCUUUGAUGUAGAAGUUCAAUUGGCUUUUUAUUGAUACUGGUAGAAGUGAGGCAGAGACAGCCAAGAGUUGAAGAGACCUCAGGCAGCUGUCAGUGUGAUAGGGACAGACUCUAGGAAAACAGUUUCAGUCAGACAGCUCAUUUUAUUGUGGAAACAAAGACUAAUAAUUAGUGUUUCAAUUUUCUAAUACUAAUAUGCUCUGAUGGUUGCACCAAUUGGCCCACCAUUUGAUCUUCCAGGGUACAUCCCUGUCUCCUGUUUCCAUAAUAGGUUACAAAUUUCUCUAUUUCAAUCUCUUUUCAUGCACGUUUUUCUUAUAUACAUGAAGGGUUAUUAUAAAAGAGUUCCCUUAGUGGUCAGACAUGUUCAAAUGGAGGAAUUGCUAAGUGAGUACUAUAGAAUGCAAAUUAAAAGUACACAGACCUGCACUUUUUCUUUUCUCUUGUUUUAAUGGAAUUAAAAAAUGAACAGUCUUUGAGGGACUGGUAAUAGUAAUGGCAAGAUAAGCUGUUAUUUUGUGAUGGCACAGUCUACUUGGAAACUAAACUUUUUCAACAUGAUUAGAGAGUUAAGCAGCUUUAAUGUUUCCUUUUCUUGCCAGGGAAACUGAUAAAUUUGGCAGUUUGGAGUGUUUCCUUACUGCCUUUCAGAGAUCCAGAGUCCGUAUGUUUACAGACUAGGACCUGCCCACAGAAGCCAUAAUGUUCCUCUGAAAGAAGGAAGGAAAGGAAAUUGCUAACUUUAGGAAAAAAUGGUUGGAGAUUAAGACAAGCUAAAUGACACCCUUCAGCUUUCCCAUAAUAAAAGUUAAGGUUACUUGUAGCGCCAGUUGUUUGCAUGCUUUCAUUAUUUCCAUAAAAUAACCACAAAAGUGCUCUUGCCCACUGCAAUUCAAAAUGUCUUCCAGAUGAUAGUUUCUGUCAUCUUGCAAUUAGUACAUUGAUAGAUAAACCCAAAGAAGACUGCAGACAAGGAAACAUCUCCCACACAUGGCAUAUAUAAUACUAGGCCAGUGUCUGAUUCUAGCUCACUGAAAAAUAAAAUAUGUAAAUCCCUUAAUAAGGCAGUAGCCUUCACAGAUAAAUACGUUUAUGUUUGGGGAAAUAUUUGGGCUUUAUUUGUAUUUUGAUUUCCUACAAAUGUUGAAAAGCAGUUUGAUUCUAUCUUAACUUAGGUGCUUAACCCUAUACUGAAUGUUUGAGGAGAGAAAGCUGUUUAGGACAUGAUCUUUACCCCCUCUCCAACCCUAGGAUCUCAGCAUCCAAUGUGCAAGUAGAAGCUGAAGUACCAUGUUGCUUAUCCACAAUAAGUACAGUUUAUAGACCUUGCAUGUUCAGUGGAAGAAGGUUCAAUAAGUAAUAAUUUGCUGUGUCAUGUGAAAUUCUUUGCCAUUGCCAGGAAAUAACUUAAAUCGUCAGAAAGCUUUAGCAUCAAAUAAUCCUUCUGGAAAAAGGAGACAAAAUACUUUUCACACCUAUACUGAGCCUGGGAGGUCACCCCCAAAAGAACUAAUCUGAAAGAGAAGUUUACACAUUUUUAAUAUUCUCAGUUUGUAGAUAAUUGAUCUAAUUUAACCUAAUUUGACUAGAAUUUCCAUGUCAUGAAUUAUAUUGUCUCAUUUCAUAAGCAACAUGCAUUUUGGCUGUCCUAAUCAGCUAUUAUUUAAUGAAUACAGUUAAUAACUCAGGUACCUGAUGCCAAAAAUGAAUCUCCAGUAGGACUGAGAACUCUGAGAUAAAUACAAGGCUGCGUGCUAGGUAAGUGGUGGAGAAGGAAGGGCGAAGUCAACAGGCAAUAUUGAGACUGUGUACCCUUUGAGGGUAAAGAAAGUAAACUUAGCUCUCACAAAAAAAUUAAAAAUUCCUGCUAUACUAGAAGUGAGUCCCCUACUUUGUGAAAUUCAAAACAUUGAUAAUGCAUGAAAGUGCAUAGUUUUAUAAAUACAUUGUAAAGAGAUGCUGAGCCUCAGCAAAGCAAAGUGCACAUGAAACACACUAUCUCAGAUCCAGUUGGUGAACAUUAGACACAAGGAUUAGGAGCUGACAACUAUGGAAAAACAGAAAUCUGAUGUCGUAAAAUUUGCAUAGCCACUUCUAAAGGCAGCUGGUUAAUGUCCAGUAAAAUUAAAAUUUUAGAUGCCCUGUGACCCAAUGGAUCCACUUUUUAGUAUCUACCCUAAAGAAACACACAUUCAAAAGGCAGCUUCUAAUAUAAAAUUGGAUAAAUAAAAAUCUAACAAGAUAAUGGACUAUGCUAGAUGCUAUAAAAUAGUAGGUAUCAGUGAAAAAUAAUGAAGAAGGACUGUAUGCUGACAGUAGAUCCCUAGGAUGCAAUGUUAAGUUUGUUAAAAGUUUGGGGGGAAAUACAUGUAAUACACAUGAUACUGUU